GAAGCCUCGGAGGAAUCCCUGGAAGAUGAGGAGCUUAUUGCCUCUCCCCGACAGAGUGAAGCUUACCAGGAUGCUGAUUCAGAAGAUUCUACCUCAAUGAAGGUGGAUAUAAAAUGUCUACACCUGGAUCUGCACAGAGUAUGGAAGGCUGACAAGA